AUGUUGACUUUUCGGCUUCUAUUCAUUUUCGACAUUAUACGAAUUUCACAAACGUGUCUUCCAAACACCAAACGUCUUUAUGAUCAAGAAUUUGACGUCAAACCAGUACUCUCAAUUAACGAUCUAGAGGAUAUUGUUACUGAACUAAAUGUCACCAAUUAUCUCUAUCAGUACUAUGUGCAAAAAAGACUUAAAAAUGAAGCAUGUCAUGCAUGCCCGGAAUUUAAAUCACCUAAUUGCACCAUUCUCAAAAAAGGUUUGAAGUGUGUGAAACCUAAAAUAUGGUACCAUCACGACAGCUAUUGUUUGCAUGCUGAAUUUGCUUGUAAUCGCAGUUUUCAUGCGUUGCAAGGUCGAAUAAUCGAUAUAAUGCAAUUAGAUGAUUACGCGGACUCAAGCGAAGAUGAUACAAAACACGAGACGUACGGUGUGCAUCAAUUACACAGAUUAGAUGAAAGAAUUCAGCGUUUUCCUAUAAGAGGAUUUAAGCGUCUUCCACGUGAAAGUCUAUAUUGCAUGACUGAUAAACGAUGGUACUACAGAUCCAAUCACUCACCUAUUAUCAUUCGAACUGAUCAGAUUUUUUGCUUGUAG